AGUGUUAAAAGUCUUGGAUCUAGUAGAGCAAGUGAGAUUGUAACAGAGUCGAAGGAGGGUUUCGCCGGAGCUGAACUCGAUUCGAUCUUUUCUCGAAAAUGGUGAAGCCGCCGUCGUCGUCAUCGUCGUCGUCGUCGACGACCCAGGACGCCCUUGCCCUUUUCAAUUCGCUGAGAUCGGCUUACUCUGCCACUCCUACCUCUCUCAAGGUGAUUGAUCUCUAUGUGGGUUUCGCUGUAUCCACUGCCAUCAUCCAGGUCGUCUACAUGGCUCUUGUUGGAUCAUUCCCAUUUAACUCUUUUCUCUCUGGAGUACUCUCAUGCAUAGGGACAGCAGUCCUUGCUGUUUGCCUUCGUAUUCAAGUGAACAAAGAAAACAAGGAAUUUAAGGAUUUAGCACCGGAGCGGGCUUUUGCAGAUUUUGUUCUCUGCAAUUUGGUGCUGCAUUUGGUGAUCAUGAAUUUCCUUGGAUGAAUUAGCACUUUUUGGCCUUUGAUACUGUUUCCUAGAACAAUGAGAACUAGAUAUGAUCGACGAUAAACAAUUAUUAUGUAUCCGCUGUAGCAAAGUUUGCUUGCCAUUUUGAUUUUAUUUUUAAAUUCACAUGGUAAGUUACCAAGUUAUGCAGGCCCCAUAUAUGGAAAAAUUGGACCUUAAAUGAAAUUUCAGUCAUUACAUUAUCAGGAUCUCUUGUCAAAACUAUAUGAUUUAUUAU